AUGAACAACUUGCCGCCCAUACGUGACGGCCGGGGCCGACGUGCCCAUGACAGCAACACAACCAGUUUUACGAGUUUCCUCCAGCACCACAGCCGCGGACGAGCUCAGUCAGAGUCUCCCCAGAAAGGCCGUAUCCGAGCCAAGUCGCCAUUUGUGCCUUCCUCCGCAGAACGCAAGGCUAGAAGACGACCUACUCCAUUGAAUUUGGACGAUGCCCGAAAAUACGGAGAAGAGGUUUCUCAUCGCAAGGGCGUGCAGGCUAUCCACUUCCCACUGAUUACACCUGCCGAUGCUCAGCACCGCCAUGUCAAUGAAGAUGGCUCUUCUUCCGUCUAUACGGACAACUCACCUUUCAAUGACAUUCCCACAAUCAGCCCGCUCCACAUCAAUAAGCGCGUCAAUGUCUUCCAGUCGUACAAUACUUGGAGAGAUAUGACCAUGCCCAACAUGCAAACGCCGGCUACUCAGCUGCAGUCGCCUGCCCAGAUCCGACCUGCUCGAUCCAAGAGUGUUAAUCAGGCAACAGACCACCUCGAAACACUUCCUGCUACGACCUAUGAGCCGCCGGCCACUCCUCCAACUACCCAAGGCAAGCAACAACGUGGUCUUGUCAAGUCUGCUACGGCCCAUGAUAUUAGAGGAGAGCAGCAACAACCUUCGACAUCUUGUACUGACCAGUUCAGCCCUCUCACACCAUGGCUCAUGGGAGACAAGCACAAGAGAAAGGCAUCGAAGACCUUGUUCGGCAAUAACGGCUGGCUUGAUGACUCAGGUGACAAGAAGAAGAUAGAACCGCCGUCUCAGAAACCUACCAGCUUCCUUGAUGGCAUCAAAAAGAAGGCUCGUGAAUUUGCGGAGACAGCGAACCUCAAGCCCGCCCGUCGUCUUCCAAGCCCCAAUCGCGUCACCAUCUCAUUGGACCCCCGCGAGCAGUCCCUCUUGUACUGCGAGCUCGAGUUCAUCCUCUCCAACGCCCUGGACUUAUACAUCAAGUCACAGCUCAACGGCGGCCGCCUCGACCCGGACAAGCUCAAGAAAGUCGCCGAUGUCUGGUCCGCCAAGGGCCGCCCCCGCGUCGUCGGCUUCCGCUACGACCUGGAGACCCAACUGGAGCUGAUCAGCCUGCACGUGGGCCAGUUCCGGUUCUACGGCCACGGUCAGAUCAACGAGUCGGCCACUAUGGGACUGCUCGGCGCCAUGAAGAGCAAUGCCCGGACGAUUCGUGUCAGAACCCUGUGCCAGCCGGACAGUGUGAUCGCGAAGCAGAUCCUGGACUCGCAGGCACUGCUCCAGCUCAUCGGCAGCACGGAGAGCCUGCAGAUUAGCCUCGCAGAGGUCAGCCAGUUCUUCAAGGUUGUGCUGGAGCGAGAGAAGGCUGUGGCUGCCUUUGCUGAGACGCGGGCGCAGUAG